AUGAUGGUCAUACAGAGUCCCAAGAAGACCCCACGGAAGAAUCAACCAAAAAGUCCCGAAAAGGGCAAGCGAGCCAAACCGCCCCCGCCGCCGUUUUUCGCGCCCAAGAAUGCGGCUCCCUCGAGCGCGAUCCUGUCCUCGUCUCCUGCGUUUGCCACUCCAGCACACCCAUUAAAGCCGUUUCAAGCUCCCGCUCCCGCCAAAGCAGCUGUCCUCCCCAUAAUCCUCCCACCUGCAACCCUACGACCCCUAGCUUUCCGCACCUUCACCAAAAAGCACGGCCUAACACUGACUUCCCCGGCGCUCCAAGAGCUCGCUACCUUUAUUGGGAGACACUGUGGCUCGGGAUGGAGAGAAGAAGGCUUGGCAGAGAAAGUCCUCGAGGAGGUGGCUCGGACCUGGAAGAACUGCAAUGGGGGGGUCAUUGUGGAAGGGACCAGCCCUGAGCUGAAAGACAUGCUGAAAACACUAGAGGGGAACAUGAGCGGCGGCAAGAUAAUGAGCGGACCGCGCGGUUUGAGCAGGCAAAACAGCUUGAUUCUAGAGCCAACCGAGGCUCCGGACCAUUCCAAGACGCGGCUCGGGCUGAGGCCAACGGCAACGCUUACACGGGACGAUAGUCAGGCCAGUUUUGGCAUGUCAGGCAUCGGCUUUGACGAGGAGCCAGAUGACGAGGGACUGCAAGAUGUCAGGAGAUGGCUGAAGGUUAUUGGCGCUUUUGAACAGCCACGGUAUUCGUACAAUGUUGCCAAGAAGCAUUUUGAGAAAGCUACCUCCAAACCCUCCCUCCUACCACCGGCCUCCCAUAAAACCGACGCUUUCCGAAACCGGUACAAUGUUGUUCAUCAACGUCUUCUCCGUAAUGAAUCGUUUCAAACUUCGGCAGUGACGAGUGCCAGGACGACCGGUCUCCGUCGAAGCGCAUCCACAACAAUGCAAUCGCACAAGAUCACCCCGAUAUCGAACCUUCUUGGCCGACACGGCACAAACCACAUGCUACUCGGGAUGCUUGUCCUGCUGCCCACGGGUAACAUAGCCAUCAGCGAUUUGACCGGAACUAUCACUCUCGACUUGUCCCACGCGGUCGCUAUCCCAGAAGACUCGGCUUGGUUUACCCCAGGCAUGAUUGUUCUGAUUGAUGGUGUCUAUGAGGAAGAGGAAGAGUCCAUAGGCAAGGGACUAAGUGGUAGCAGUGGCGUGGGGGGGACCAUUGGGGGUCGCUUUCAGGGAUUCUUCAUUGGACAACCACCCUGCGAGAAGCGGCGAGCGACGCUGGGGGUUAGCGGCUUGGACGGGGGCCCAGACCACACAAUCGGUGGCGGCUUUGGGUGGAUUGACUUCCUCGGCGUGGGCAGUGAGCGGGCCGUAGGGUCGCGCAUGCGCAAGAUAGAGCAGAGAUUGCUGCGACAACCAGCGUUGGCUGAUCCAGACAGUCCCGGACGAGGGCGUGUAGUGAUCGUGGGCGAACUGAGCCUCGACGUGCCACGCAGCCUGCAGGCACUGAAGAAGAUCCUCUCCCUCUACGCUACCGAUCCAGAAGGAUCAACGCCAAUGACGUUCAUCCUCGCCGGCAACUUCACGACCCACGCGGUUAUGGCGCGUGGUGGGAGCGGCGGCAGCAUAGAGUACAAAGAGUUUUUCGACGCUCUGGCCUCGACGCUGGCCGACUUCCCCACGCUGCUGACCACGGCAACCUUCAUCUUCGUUCCGGGCGACAACGACGGGUGGGCGUCCGCAUUUUCCGGCGGUUCCGCUGUACCACUUCCCCGAAACUCGGUCCCGGAAUUGUUUACCUCGCGAAUCAAGCGAGUUUUCACUGCCGCCAACGCCGACGCCGGGUUGUCUCCUGCCGAGGGCAAAGGCGGCGAAGCCAUCUGGACCACCAACCCCAGCCGCAUCUCCCUCUUCGGACCCAACCACGAAAUAGUCCUCUUCCGCGACGACAUCUCAGCCCGCCUCCGCCGCUCCUCCGUCCGCCUAAAAGGCAAAACCACCGCCCCAGCCGAGGCCUCCCAACCAACCCAAACCGAAGACACCGCCAUGUCCGGCGCCAACCCCCCAGCCCCCUCCUCCCCACUAGCACCCGGCCUCGAAGCAAUGGACCUAGACGCCACGCCGCAACCGCCCUCGCCCAAAAACACCACGGCGGGGGCGGCGGCAGAGUCCGAAGCCAUCCCCUACGACACGGUCAUCGCGCGCAAGCUGGUAAAGACGCUGCUGGACCAGGGCUACCUCGCGCCCUUCCGGCAGAGCGUGCGGCCCGUGCACUGGGACUACACCACGGCCAUGUACCUGUACCCGCUGCCGACGGCGCUGGUGCUGGUCGACACCACCGCGCCGCCCUUCUGCGUCACCUACGAGGGCUGCCAUGUCAUGAACCCUGGGAGUGUGUUGGUGAGUGGCCGUCGGGGUGUGGCGAGGUGGGUGGAGUAUGCGGUUGGGGGUGUGACUAAGAGGGGGAGGGUGAGGGAGUGUACUUUUUGA